AUGAAGCUCUUCGAGCGCAUUAUUGACACCAGGAUCCGACAGGAGUGUACAAUAUCGGACUUCCAGUACGUUUUCCAACCAGGACGCAGUACCAUGGACCCUGCAUUCGCCCUAAGGAUCCUCAUGGAGAAGCACAGGGAAAAGAAUAUGCCCCCUGCAUUUUUUAUUCCUAGACCUUCAGAAGGCCUUUGUGACCUACGUGGAAAUCGCUCCGUCUUAAGCCCCUAUCUCUUCAGUGUAAUAUUAGAUGAACUGUCAGCCAGCGUACAGAAACUACCGCAGCCUUGGUUGCUUAUGUACGCUGAUGAUAUCGCACUGGUAGAUGGGGACAAAGGACGGCUCACCAGACGCGUGCACGCGUGGAGGGAGGCGCUUGAGAACGGCGGGCUGAAGCUAAACGUGGCGAAGACGGAGUAUAUGGCCUGCAACAGCACAGAUCUGACGUCUCUCCGUAUAGGCGACGACACCGUCGAGUGCACGGAUAAAUUCAGGUACCUCGGAUCCGUGCUUGAUGCGUCCGGGGACAUCGAUCGCGACAUCAAGGCCCGUUUAUCAGCGGCCUGGGCGAAAUGGCGCGAGGUGACGAGUAUCAUUUGUAACCCCAAAAUGCCGGUGAAGCUGAAGGGACAGAUCUAUAAGACCAUCAUAAGGCCUGUACUUAACUACGGCAGUGAGGCGUGGCCGGUGCUGGAGCGACACUGGCAGUUGUUGAAUGUCACGGAGAUGAACAAGCUGCGGUGGAUGUGUGGCGUCACGCGGAAACAGAUUUUGCGCACGCUCACAUUCUUAUGGGUCGAUCGGUAA